AUGGCACCCUCCCAACUACCCACCAUCGCAACGAUUCUUGGCCUAGCAGCCUCUGUUGCAGCCCAUGGCUAUAUUUCCAGCAUCCUGGCCAACGGCCAAAACUACACCGGAUACAUAGUCGACAAAUACCCAUACAUGACCUCACCGCCGCAAAGUAUCGGCUGGGCUACAACAGCAACAGAUCUCGGCUUCGAAGCCCCAACAGAAUACCAAGAGCCAAACAUAAUCUGCCACCGAAAUGGGGUAAACGCCGCUCUCAGCGCCCCAGUAACUGCCGGCUCGGACAUCGAACUACAAUGGACGACCUGGCCGGACUCACACCAUGGACCUGUGAUCACCUACCUGGCAGCUUGUACCAACGGGGACUGCAGCACAGUCGACAAAGCCACGCUGAAAUUCUUCAAGAUAGCCGAACGGGGUCUCGUGGACGAUUCAAUUGUCCCUGGGACCUGGGCCACUGAUGAAUUGAUCGCUGCUGGGAACCGAUGGACUGUGACGAUUCCUUCGACUAUCGCUUCUGGCAACUAUGUUCUGCGAAAUGAGAUCAUUGCGCUUCAUUCGGCUGGAAACUUGGACGGGGCGCAGAACUAUCCGCAGUGCAUCAAUUUGCAGGUGACUGGUGGUGGCAGUGAAGUGCCUGCUGGUACGCUUGGUGAGGCACUGUACACCGACACUGAUCCUGGGAUCUUGAUUAGUAUUUAUCAGACGCUGAGUUCGUAUAUCAUUCCUGGUCCGGCUUUGUACUCUGCUUGA